CCUCCAGAAACCUCAAACAUUUUUGCAAGGCCUGUGUCUCACUUUGAUGUGUGCCUGCAGUUUUGCAUUAAAUAAGUCUCUUUCAAGCGCGGGUGAGGACCCACAGUCACGUAACCCUGUAACACUACCAGUUGCCAGACCUUGGAUUCUUUUCUCAACAAAGACUCUUAGAGCUGUGAGAAAUACCCAUCCCACUGUCCUGCACCUUGAGGACACUAUAUCUGUCCAAGGUCUCUUCUAUUCUGCACAGGACCGGUUCCAACUGCCACAGGGAUCCAUCUACCUCUGGCCAUUCAUGGUGAGGUGCCCAUUGGGAAAGGAGGCUAACCACUGGGUACCAUCUACUUGUGGCUGGCUACCCCUCAAUUCUUCCCCAGGUCUUAGAGGGCUCCAUAUCCAUCUGCAUGGGACUGUCCAGCCGUCUACACCACUGGUGCAACCAUCCCAGGCCGGUCUCUAUAGAAGCCGAAAUCCAUCCAUCUUCGUUCUUCAAAAUGCAAUGGAAUAUGCCAAGGACUGUGUUCCACCUGGCACAUAGGACAUGCAUGGAACCACAUAAAGCUGGUCUUUUUGGACAUUGUCAAAACAUAAAGGGACCGUUAUUUUUGUACAAUGCUGAAUCCAGAGUAGUUUUGGUUCAGGGCUCUCAAAAACAAUGGUUGCAUGUAUCUGGUGUCCAAUGUGUUACAAAGGAAAGGAAACCAUAUGAUGCUCAUCCAUCCCUACCAGGGGUCCUUCACUGUAAAGAGUGGGUGCAAGACACUUUAUCCAAGAGGGUUAUAUCGACCAAUUCCACAUCUUCAGGAACGGCUUCAGAAAAAAAGGAAGAGCCUGAUCCUUUACAAGACAAAUCUAUUAGUCUUUAUCAGCGAUUUAAAAAAACAUUUAGACAGUAUGGAAAAGUUUUGAUUCCAGUGCAUCUAAUAACUUCGGGUGUUUGGUUCGGAACAUUUUAUUAUGCAGCCAUAAAAGGAAUGAAUGUCAUUCCUUUUCUAGAACUCAUUGGAUUGCCUGACAGUGUAGUAAACAUCCUGAAAAAUUCCCAGAGUGGAAAUGCACUAACAGCAUACGCCUUGUUUAAGAUUGCAACGCCUGCCCGAUAUACUGUGACUUUGGGAGGAACCUCUUUCACUGUGAAGUAUUUACGUAGUCGUGGCUACAUGUCAACACCACCUCCAGUUAAGGAGUAUCUACAGGACAGGAUGGAGGAGACAAAGGAGCUUCUCACAGAGAAAAUGGAAGAAACAAAAGAUAGGCUCACCGAAAAGUUACAAGAAACCAAAGGAAAAGUUUCUUUUAAGAAAAAAAUAGAGUAGUGUGCCUUAUUAUAUAACAGGUUAUGAGAAAUUCCUGCACUUUAACCCUUUAGAGACUACGGACAAAAAUAUAUGUUUCUGAAUUUUUUUUUUUUGGUUGUCCAAAUUUAUCAGUUGUCUGAGGGUUAAAGAACUACCUUUUAAAAGUUAAAUAUUACUAAAAAAUCAGUGUUUUUUGGAAAGGAAGAUAUGAACCCAUUGUCUUUCACAUCAAUAGCAUCAUUAAGCUUCAGAAUCAUACUUGUUUUAUGUUUUAUUGAAGCUAUAAUUUAUGCAGACAAGGCAGUUGACUCCUUGAAUAACCCAUAUGGCCCUAGACAAGAUGUUAACACUAGGUUAUUCAUAGAGGUUUUAACUAUAUUCAGUUCUCAGUGUAGAGACAAACUUACCAAAACUGCCUGUGAAUAAGAGAUGAAAACAGUAUGUAACAGUUAUAUACCACUUAAAAUAUAGACUUUAUAUGAAGAUAGCUGAAUAAAAAUUUUCAUAUAUAUAUAAAUAAGAUGUAUUGGUUAUAUAUUAAUGAAAAAAUUGAUCCUUUUAAAAUGAUUUGUACCGGAAACUUGUCAUAAUUACAUUUUUCAAAGCACACAUAUUUGGUCAUAGUACUUUUUCUCCUGGGACAUAAACCCGCCUGUGAAUCCUUUAUAUCCUCUUCAAGCUAAUUAUUUGGAGCAAAAGUGAAAAGAAUAUACUUUAACUUCAUUGUUGAAUUCGAAUAUUCUUAAGUAGCAUCUUAUGCUUGUGGUUCUCAGGUAGAUACAGCUUUGGGAGGAUGGAAAAUGGUAUCAGGUCAUCAUAGAGCUUGCUCAAGCUCCUGGGCACCUGGUGGGGCCUUCAUCUUCACAAACUAGGGCUCCUUACCGACAUCUUCAUUUCAGAAUUACUGAAGAUUUCAUUGUGGAAUAAAUUUAAAAAUUGUAGCUACUGCAUUUUCCCUUAUUGUAAUCUCCUUGCAUGAAUAUUGUAUUUGAAUUUUUAAUAGCAAAUUUGCUAGAAAUUUAACAGCAAAUUAUCUGUUUAGAAUGAGAUUUUAGCCAUUGUCAAGUAUAAAAGCUGCUAUGAUUUGUAUGUGUGUUUGAGGAUCUACCCCUCUGUUUGCUUUUAUUCUUAAUUACUUUUUUUUAUCAGUUCUAACCCUUGAAAAAAAGGCUAUUUGGAAGAGAGAAGGGUCUUCUAGAUUGUAAUUGCUUUGAUUUAUCUGAUAGGCAAAAGGAUGUCAGAUGUCAGAGGGAUUUGCAGAAACAAUCCUGGGGGGAUCGUGUCUAUUUGGCAGGAUUUUUGUAUGAAGUACUUAGUUUGCCCAAAUUUAGAGAAUACUUUAAAGGGAAAACAUUUCAUAUUUGAAUCACUAUAUUGGAACACUUUUUUAAUUAAUAUGCUAUAACUGGACUCUCUCGGGGAACGUGAAGUAGUGAGGGAGGGAGCAGGUGCUCUGCUGACUGGCAGGUUGGCUUGUCUUCUGACACAAGGGUGACUGUAAUUAACAAUAGAUUUUAAAUCUUAAACACAACAUGUUUUAGCUUCUUUAUUAAAUAAUUUACAUUUUUGCAGAAAUUAAAUGCUAAAAUAUUUCCGAUUUCUUUAUUUUUUCCUUAUUUUUUUAACCACUUGAGAUUAUGCCCAAGAAACUCUUCUAAAACAAUUUCCCUUUACUUUUUGCAUUGCAUAGGGUGUAUUUUCCAAUGGGGAUCAAUUGUAGGUUCUUACUCCUGAGACUAAAGUUGCUUAUCCUGUGUAUCCACCUUUUGUUCACUCCAUUUUUGAGUUGUUGCCAUCCAAUUUCAUAACUGUUGUGUUUCUCCAGUUAUAGAAAGUGAGGCAUUGAUUGCUUUGAAAUUCUCUAGUAAAAAAUUCUCUAAAGGUGUGAGAAGUUUCUGUCAUUAUUUGGCAUCAGGAAUGAUAUUUGUAUCAUAUAUCAAAUACUGUUGCUUGCACAUUGCUAAUCUACUCCUUAAAGCAAGCUAUAAAUAGCUUGAAAGGGACACCUAUAAUAUAGUAACAGGUAACAAGUAAAAUAAAUGAUCAAGAUUUGUUGUUAUAGAAUCUACCCCCAUUUACUAAUGAAAGCU